GUGUAACACACGGAGGCCCAGCUGAUUGUAACAGUGAUCUCUGGACACUAACAUUGAAGGCUGUAUAUUUCGAAAGUGUUUGUAACCGGUCGUUUCAAAAAUCUGAACUUGUGAAUGACAGCUUCUAAGCGAAGCUGUACACUUUGUUGCACCACGAAGUAUGGCAAAGGGAGAUGGAGGGAGAGGUGGUGGUGGUGGUGUCGGUUGCGGAAUCCACCUCACGCGAGAAGAUUACUAUACCUCUCCACCUUUCCAUCAACUCAAGAAUUACACCGAAUGUGGAAUUUAUACUGUUGAGAAAUUAACCAUUGGCAGAAAUGGAUUUGGAAGCAUCACAUUUGACAGCCCAAUCAAUAUAAAGGACUUGAACUUCGAUGACAUAGUGCAUAUUAAUCAUAAGGAGGUAAUAGUAUAUCCCAAUGAGGAGCAGAAACCUCCUGCUGGACAUGGUCUGAACUGUGCAGCAGAAGUAAGGCUGGAAAAGGUGUGGCCGUUUGAUAGCUGUGUGUCUAAAUACAUAACUGAUCCUCAGGCUCUUGAAGAAAUUUGCUUCGUUGAAAAACUGAAAGAAACUAACCACAAAUGUUCCACAAAGUUUAUUAACUAUAUACCUGAAAGUGGAACAUGGAUAUUUAAGGUAGAACACUUCUCAAAAUAUGGUCUGUCUGACACAGAUGAUGAAGGAGAUGAAAAAGGAGAUAAAAAGGAUCACACAGUAAAACAUGGGAAAGAGAAACCACAAAAACAACUAAUACAUGCCAAGCAGCCAGCUGUUGAUCUUAGUCUGAAGAGUGCUGAAGAAUUCUUGCCAUUGGGAGUUAACGAAUUUGAUAGCUUUAGUGGAUUUAAUGAAACUAGUGGAUUUAAUGGAGUCAGUGGACUUAAUGAAAUUGCUGGAAUUGAUGGUAUUGAAAUUGCUGGAAUUGAUGGCAUCAAUGGAAUCGAAAUUGAUGGAAUCAGGAUUGAUGGAAUUGGAAUUGAUGGUAUUGAUGGAAUGGAUGCAGUUAACAUAGUAACUGGCAUUAACAGUUCAUUACAGCCACAUCUUGAAAUUCAUGGGUCUUUACAGACAAAUGUAGUGUCUCCAGAAAAUGAAUUCACUCAGGGGAGAUUGCAGUUCAUUAGUAACCAAGAUGAAGAUGAUGUAGUAAUGAAGGAAGCUUAUCCAACGCCCGCUGAUAUCGUCACUCACAUAACAGACACGUGGCUGAAGCCCUUCUGUCUUGAAAAGGGUUUGGAUGUUUCAGAAGAGAAAAUUAUGUCCAUGAAGCGUGCAUUUUUCCCAGAAGACAAGGAAUCUGGUGGUCGUGGUCGUGGUCGUGGUCGUAGUCGCGGCGGUGGUGGCGGUGGCGGCGGCGGCGGCGGCGGCGGCGGCGGCGGCAGUGUCAGCAUCGUCAGCGUCAGCGGUGGCGGUGAUGUUGGCGAUGUUGGCGGCGAUGUUGGUGUUGGUGUUGAUGUUGAUGAUGAAGAAGAUGACGAUGAAGAAGAUGACGAUGACGAUGAUGAUGACGACGAUGAUGAUGUUGGAUAUUAUGAUGAUGAUGAUGACUAUGAUGAUGAUGUGUCUGAUGAAGUUCCUCCUUUCAUGAAGAAUGUUGGAACCCAACUGAAUCUUAAAAGUCCGCUAGCAGGGCAGGAGCUUGUUCGCAGCACAAGACCAUUACAUGUUUUUCCCAAAUAUAAUCUUCACCUGGAAGAUGAAUACUCAGGAAAGAAAAUCCGAACAAGCAAGACAAAAACACAGCUGGCACAAUUUGAAGAGAUUCCUCGUCCAAAAGGAACCAUUAAGCAAAGACCACCCUUGCCAAGUGUAACUGGACUUAUAAGAACAGCAACAAUCUUUCCUGAAAUAAAAGUUCAGGGAAGCAAUAUGUUUGAAACCAGUGCCUACAAGUACCCAAACCAUGUUGUUCCACUUCAUGAAACUUCUACUAACAAAGUCAAAUCACGAAGCCUGAGAGAUAUUGAUCUUUACAAGGGACAUGGCUUUCGUGUUGGGUGGGGUCCAGGUGGUGUGCUUCUAAUUUUAACUACACAGAAGUCUGCAUCUACUGUAGCUUUAGAAGCUGAAUUACAGGACCUGGAUAAAUACUUGAAAGGCAGGUCUGAUGAUGACAACUCUAAACAGAUAGUGCAGAGAAUUUGCUUGAGGGGGGGAAGAAAGUUGGCAAAAGAAGAAAGUCGAAUUUCAUAUGAAAAUGAGUUAAGGGAAUAUUGGGGAAAGCAUUUAAAAGUGAUGCUGAAAUGCAGUGAAUUCUAUAAAGACCAAAAGAUACCUGGCAUCAGACCCAUUCCAGGAAGUUCAUCUGUCACUUUGCAUGGUAGCCUGAGAUCGAAAGAUGAUUCUCAGGAAAGAGAAUAUCCUUACAAUGUGUGGCAUCUGUGUGAUGCACUUUGGGGUGAGCUACCAGAAUAUGUGUCACCAAUUAAUUCACAUAAUAAUCUCAUGCAGCGGAAACAGUAUUUGGGUGACUGGCUGACAUUUGUUUAUCAGAACACUUUGUUGAAGCAGCAUGAUGGAAAACUGUAUUCUCCAAAAUCUGGAAAUGACUGUUAUUUAGAGGACAUUUGGAAUCUGGUAACUGGAAACAUGAUAAAGGAAGCGUGUAAUUUGGCAAGGGAAAAUGGUGAUCUGUUCAUGAUUACAUUGCUGACACAGUUAUCGUCAGGUCAGUUUGUUAAUCACCUUAUGAGGGAGCAGGUAACAGCAUGGAUCAAUAUUGGUGCUGAUGGACUUGUUAAGAGGGACAGACUGAAGUUAUUUUUGCUUAUCUGUGGAUUACCUUUGUUCAAUGCAAAUGAUGAGACAGUUAAUGUAUGUGAACGCCUAGACUGGAAGAGGACACUAGGACUGCACCUCUGGUACUUAACAUCCAGUAUCCAGACAAUCAAAGAUGCAUUCACUGCAUAUCAAAAGGCAUUUAAUCCAAAGGAUUUUGGUAAUCUUUAUGCAAAAGCUCCAUUACCGCCUUACUGUGAAGAGGGCUAUAUAUAUGACUCAGAUGAGAAACUACCGACACUAGAUCUCUGUUACCACCUUAUCCAUUUGUAUUGUGAUCGCUUCUAUUCUAUGGCAAAAAUGUUUGAUCCAGUUGCACACACACUGGAUGUAUUGGACUACAGCCUUAGCUGGAUGGUGUACAUAUCUCUCCAUGCAAUUGGUUAUCAUCACACAUCUGAAUAUGGAGCAGCACAUGUUCAUUCAUCUUUUGCUGCUCAACUUGAGUCGUAUGGAAUGUGGGAGUGGGCUGUAUUUGUACUGCUUCAUAUCCCUGACAGUAAAAGGCGCCAAAUGGCAGUCCUACGUAUGCUGGAAAGAAACUUGUGCAGUGUUGGGGAUAAAGAUUAUAAGAAGAAGGAAUAUUUUGUGAAACGAAAGCUGAAAAUACCUGCUAGUUGGAUAUAUGAGAUAAAAGCUCACAAAUCUCUUGGUCAAGCAAAGUAUCAUUUUGCUGCAUGUUUCUUAAAUAAAGCAGGACAGUUCAACUUUGCCCAUAAAAUUCUGAUGAGGCAUUUGGCUCCGGAGUAUGUAGUGAAUGAAAAGUAUAAAGAACUUCUUAAGCUGUUGAAACCUCUAGCCAUUGAAUGUAAGAAGGAAAACACUCUUUUUAAUUGGGAGAAGGGUGGAUAUGUUAUUUGGUUGUACCUCGAAGUGAUGACAAAAAUUAACCUCAUGCUGAAGCAUCCAGAAUAUGUUGAUGGUUAUAAACUACAGAAAGUGCAGUUGGAUGCCAUUAGCCUCUGUAGACUGCUUCCAGAGUUCAUAGUCAAUACAGAGAUGGACAGGUUGUGCAGAAUUGACAUCUGUGAUCGACUUUUUGAUUUGGUCGGUGAAUUCGUAAGAUUGCAGAGGAAUGAUCAAAUGAGCUGUCGCAUCCUUCUGUAUAUGACUACAAAAUUGCCUGUGCCAGAUAAUUUUAAAGUACGUGAAAGAAGGAACUUCAUCGAGAACUGGCCUGCAGACUUCGCAAACUCUAGAUUGUUCACAUGAGAAUCAGCAUGAAUUUUAAUAACUUUCAUGUGACUGUAAAACCAUGGUAUAUUUUCUGAAAUUUAAAAAAAAAAAAGAAAAGUUUUGUGUUGUUGUGUUGUGCAACCUCCUUCA